UACUUUGAAAAACUUCCUUUUGGUCCUUUCAUCAAAAUAGAUGACGUCGCUAAUACAGAAUUCAAAACUAGAGAUCCGAUACACAUUCCCGAAGGAUGUACAUUUCCAGAUGAUUACAAGCAAUGUAUGGAAGACUACCCUGGGCCUGAUGAUGAAUACGAUUGGGAAGGAAUUUGCUACGAAGUAAAUUGCUCUUAAAGGAAAAUGUUGCUUCAAGGUGAGACACAAGAAAGGGGUUAAGUCACCUGCACUAUGAAUCUGACCCUUCAUUGGUUGCAGCCCUACCAUCGACUUCUUUUUUUGUUCUAUCCAAAAACAACGUCCCAAUACCAACACCAAGGUGACAUCAUUCUUAUGACGGCAGUCCUUCGGUUCCGCUCGUUUAAAAAUUCAAUUAGUAGACGCUCUCGUUUACCUUUUAUUCUCUUGCCAUCUUGGAUUGCUAGACAAAUUUCAUUAUCGUAGUGUAUUCUCACGCGUCUUUUCAAGAUUAAAAUUAGAAACAGAUAUUCCACUGCCACAUGCCAGGAACUUUCUUUAACUUAAAAGUGGGUUUUCACGCCAAAUCUCGUAAACGUUCGCAAUGGGAACAAUUUCCACUCCCACAAGAAUACGCGUUGGGUACCGUUCUCUAAUAAAGGCAAGUUAGCCCCCAAAAGGCCUCUCACCUUCCACCAUCAGUAGGGAAUGCGUGCUUGCUCCCUAUAAACUAAAAUGGGUGAUUUUGGUUGGUUUCAUCGUUAAUCAGGAUCGGGGUUUAAGACACACUAUUAUUCGAAAUUUAUGGGAGCUCCUCCUCAGGAUUCCACUCACGAGAACACUUUCAUGUCACGCGACCUACGCCUUUGGUUGGUGCUUUUGUAAAAGAAUGCCUUAAGGUCUAUUUUAAUUUGUUUGUCUUUUGUUAUCAUAAUUUGUUUAAUUUAACAUUUUUAGGGCCAACAGCUUAAGGAAAUUCCCAACGAGUGGAUAACCUUUAAGGCUGUGGAAUUAAGACGUGGAAUUAUUUUGAGCAUUGAAAUACAUAUAAUCAUCACAUUUAAAUAAAGAAGAAACCGCUAAAAGCUUCUCGUCAUUUUUCUUACAAGAAAUGUGUACCAUUUAUUCUACUUUUCAGCAACUGAACAUGCCAAACAAGGACUUUUAGAAGCGGAAAUGUUUGUAGAAAUUAAUUUUCUUCGUAAAGAGGACAUCGGUGUGACAAUGAAUAAACAGAUGGCUGCAUAUCCUCCUCUGAGGGCGCGGCGGCAUAAACUGCGGAUCAGUAAAGGAGGAGAUUUCGUGUAA